CGGACCAUUCACAACCUCUGUUCUCUUCAAGUGGAAUAACUAAUAACUAUCUAAUGUCUCUGAAGCUGUUCAGUUAAGAUCUACUCAAUCUAAUAUGGCCCUGGAGAAAGUUCUACUCAUCAUGAGUCAGUUUCUGAUGUAUGGAAGCACCAUUAAUAUCCAUUUUUUUCCAUGUGAUGCUGAUGUGAAUUCCACCACAGUGGACUGUUCUAGCCGACCCAUAGAACACAUCCCGUUCAUGAAGGCUACUUCUGUGGUGUCAAUCAAUUUGAGUUACACUAAGUUACAAGUAGUGAGAAACCAUGCUUUUGCAGGUGUCCCAAACCUUAAAAUUUUAAAAAUAACAGGCAACUGUCAACCUGGUCAACUGCGACUUCCUGAGCAGCAAGGAUGCAAAAUGGAAAUUGAGCCCUUUGCCUUCAAGAACCUUAGAAAUCUGACAUCUCUACAUCUAUCGGGAAACAGCCUAACAUCUAUACCACAAUUACCAGAAAGCUUGCUUUUUCUUGACUUACAGGAGAAUUGCAUCUUUAAUAUAUUUACCCCUAUCAGUGCUCCAAAUCUUGAAAUUCUGCUGCUUUCCAAAAACUGCUAUUACGCUAACCCCUGCAACCAGUCUUAUUACAUAAAUGUAACUGUUUUUAAAGAGCUUCCUAAACUAAAAAAACUUACAUUAGGGUACAAUAAUGUAACUGCUGUCCCUAAGGAGCUCCCGCCGUCGCUAAAGGCUCUGGAUUUAAGAGAAAAUACAAUCACUGAGGUCCCAGAUGGAGCAUUUGCCAACCUGACCGCCCUCGAGAAUCUGACUUUGGAGUGGAACUGUCAGCGCUGUGACCAUGCGGCGAGACCCUGCUUUCCUUGUCCACAAAAUCGCCCUCUCCAACUGCAUCCAAACUCACUAUAUUCAAAAAACAGCUCCAUCACCUUUCUGAGCCUAAGGGGGAAUUCUCUAAAGACUUUUCCUGAUGGCCUUUUUAGGCCACUAAAGAACCUAAAGGGACUGGACAUCUCUGACAAUCUCUUGGCAUUUUCUAUACAAAAUGGCACCUUUUUUAGAGAGCUGACAGGCCUCACUUGGAUAAGCCUCAUCUACAACUAUCAACCACAGAUGACUUUUGGAAAACUGAAUCUCUCUCCUUAUAUUGGACAUAUAUCUGGUCUGCAACAUCUUUUGCUAAGUGGAAACUUUUUCCAUACUAUUUCUAAUGAAGGUUUUGACGUUCUGUCUCAACUCAAAAAUCUAAAAACACUAGAACUGAGAAUGAACUUUAUCAGUUCGUGCAAUCUGACUACCCUGAAGCAGCUACCGUCUCUAACCACUAUUGAUCUCUCCCAAAACAUGCUAAAUUUUCUUCCAUGCUGUUCUGUAUCAUCUAGAUCUGUGGCACCUGACAGCUGUCAGAACCAGAACUUGUAUCAGAGUCAUUUCCAAGACACUCCUCGAUUUAUACCAGUUAGAGAAGAAACAAGUAGGGGAAACAUCUGGCAAUCUGACCAAUCUAAUAUGGCAAAAGCAACUGAAGACAGUGAGUGUCAAAUUCCAUCCUUAAUACAUUUUAAGAAAAAAUACUGUGAGGGUAAGCUCAUGUUUGACCUCUCUCAAAAUGAUAUUUUGUCUCUCAAUGAAAGAGUAUUUAUUGGCAUGGAAAAUGCUGUUUGUUUAGACCUUUCUUACAACUACAUGAGUCAGACAUUGAAAGGUGGGCAAUUCAAGAACAUGAAAAAUUUAGUCUAUCUUAACAUGUCCUUCAAUCGGCUGGAUCUCUAUCAUGAUGAUGCUUUCAGAGAACUUCAAUCCACACUGAAGGUAUUAGAUGUCAGUAACAAUGACUUUCACUUCAAGAUGAGAGGCAUGGGCCAUCGUUUUGAGUUUCUUCGAAAUCUGUCUAACCUGGAAUUGCUGAGUCUAGCUAACAAUGGCAUUGGGAUGCGCAUAGAUCAAAGGCUGAUCAGCAGUUCAUUGCAGUACCUCUACUUUAAUGGUAAUCAUCUGGACAUCAUGUGGAAUGCAGGCUACAACACAUACAGUCAGUUUUUUAAGAACCUAACAAAGCUAAAAUUCUUGGAUAUUUCCAACAAUAACCUGUUUUCCAUCACAGCAGAUUUGCUUAGUAGCCUUCCGGAAAGCCUCCAGAGCCUCAGCCUCAGCAGCAACUCCCUGAAGAGUUUUCCCUGGCAAAACAUUUCAGUUCUGAGCAAUUUGUGUCACCUAAACCUAAGCCACAACUUACUGAAUAAUUUGAUUCAGCAGGAAAUACAAUUUGGAGCCAAUUUUUCCUCUCUGGACCUAAGUUACAAUCAUCUCACCUCAAUUCCUGAGAAUUUCUUCAAAGAAGCAAAGUCUUUGCAGCAUUUAUAUCUCAGUAACAAUAAGAUUAAAGAGUUAAACCAUCAGCAUCUCCCUGCGCCCUUUCAUAAUGGCAGUGCCCUUCAGACACUUACCCUGGCUGAGAACCCAUUUGAAUGUGACUGCAAUACUUCAUGGUUUGCUGAAUACCUACGGACUACUCCAGUAAACAUUCCUCAUCUGACAACACAAGUGCGCUGUGGAUAUCCAUUAUCUCAACAAGGAGUGGUUCUCCUGUCUAUAGAUCAACAUUCCUGCCAGGACAUAUAUGGUAGCUUAGCCUUCCUCAUCUCCUCUUUUUUGGCUUUGUCUUUUACUGCUCUACCACUGCUGAAGCAUCUCUACGGCUGGGAUGUAUGGUACUGCUUACAGGUGCUCUGGGCAGGACUCAAAGGCUACUCUCAGCUGUCUGGUGGGGAUAAAGGGAAUCACUAUGAUGCUUUUGUGGUGUUUGACACCAAGAAUCCUUCCGUGAGGGACUGGGUUUACAAUGAGCUCACUGUUAAUUUGGAAUCCUCUGGCCACAGAAGAUUUUCUCUCUGCUUGGAAGAGAGGGACUGGAUACCUGGACUUUCAUGCAUUGAUAAUCUACACAGUGCUGUUCACAGCAGUGUGAAGACUGUGUUUGUACUGUCCAGAACUCCAAAUGGAACUGAGAUGGUCAACGGUGUGAUACGACAGGCUUUCUUCAUGGUUCAGCAGAGACUACUGGAUGAAAAGGUUGAUGCAGCUGUGCUUGUUCUGUUGGAUGAAAUGUUUCCGAAACUGAAGUACCUUCAACUGAGAAAAAGACUGUGCAGGAAGUCCGUGUUGUCCUGGCCGAGAAACCCAAGAGCUCAACCCCUCUUCUGGAAUCAAAUGAGAAUGGCAUUGUCAUCAGACAACCUGAAAUUUUAUGAUAAUAACAUGAGUGAAAGUUUUAUAUAA